UCUUACUUGCAAAGUAUCGUAUACACAAUGUGUAUUCAUUCUGAUGGUAACAGCUAGGGGGUUUCUCAAAAGGGAUAAUUGAGAUUUUCUCAAAAGUGAUAAUUGAGAUUUUCUCAAAAGUGAUAAUUGAGAUUUUCUCAAAAUGUAUUUUAACUUGUAAAAUUCGGUCCUGAAAAGGAGAAGAUGAAAAGAAAAGGAAGGAAAAAGGAGAAAAGAAGAAACUGUGGAAUCCUACAAUGUUGUUGCUCCAUCCCACUACAGGAACGUUAAAUUGAUUUACUUUGCUGAUUCGUGAUUCUGAGGAUUACUUCACACAGAAAUCUCAUCAACAGACUGAACUGUGACAUAAUUAAAAAAGUCAAUAAUGAAAUUCCACAAGAUUUUGAUAGCGAUUGCAUCAACAUUGUUUAUAUUACUUGUGGUUACGAUCACUAAUACCAAUAGUUUAAACUUGGAUGUUGGAAAUGCUCACAUAUUUUCUGGACCAAAGGACAGUUACUUUGGAUAUUCGGUGGCCUUUGUUAAAAAUGGAAAAGGUGAAAAAUGGAUUUUGAUUGGUGCCCCCCGAGCCAAUGAUUCAUUUAGACCCUCUUUAACGGAGCCUGGAGGUCUAUUUCGAUGUCAGAGGGACCUGAAGCCCACUGAGUGUUCUUUUGUACCCAUCAACACAGAAAGCACAUCUGGAAACUGGAUGGGUGUGUCAAUAGAUGUGGGACAGCAGCUUAUACUGGUAUGUGGUCAUCGGUGGAUAAGUGCCAAUUACAACAUGAACGGAAUUUGUGUGGAGUUAGGACGUGACUUUGCACAGUCACGUGCUCGCAAAUAUCUGGUCGACCCCGAUAUGCAAACCAUCAAUGAUACACUUAUUUACAGUAUUGGCGCUAUGGGCAUGUCCUGCGCCUAUGCACCCACGGGUGAAUCAAGAACAAUUGAGAAGGCUAUUGGGGCCCCAGGAAUAUAUGAAGCUACAGGGGGAGUGGUCAAACACACAGACUUCGAUCAGGCUACUGACGUUGUGCACUUUCCGACGCUAAGGCAGACUGAGGCCCAGCUGUAUGGGUAUGCAGUGACAUUCGGGAAACUGUAUGGAGGUGACGAUUACAACAUGAUCACAGGUGGACCUCGUGACUCCAUGACAGGCCAGGUUAAGAUCCUGAUGGACAAGGCAAAUAAUUUUGAUUUAAAACAACAAAUCCCUGGAGAACAGGUUGGGAGUUACUUCGGGUCGGCCAUUGCCACAACGCCUCUACAGACUGGUGAGCCGGAGUACCUGCUGGUUGGAGCACCUAUGUAUGCAGGCUUUGACAGGAACAACUGGAAUAUCGUGGAAGAGAUCGGCAAAGUUUACGUCUAUAAAUAUGACAGCGCUGAUGGAAAGAUGGUACAGACUCAAACAUUAGUUGGAAGCCAAUCUGAAGGAUCAAGAUUUGGGACGGCCAUUUCAGGCCUCAAUGACAUUAAUGGGGAUAGUUACUACGAUAUUGCUGUUGGUGCUCCCUACGAGGAUGAAGGUCAUGGAAUGGUGUACAUUUACAAUGGAUAUCAAGGGGGAUUCUGGCCCAUGGAGACUCAGAGGAUAAAAGGGAGAGAAUUAAAUUUGUUGACAUUUGGAGUAGCUAUCUCUAAACCUUUCCUGUACAACAGUGAUGCAUACUAUGAUACGCUGAUUGGAGCUUUUAUGUCUGAUAAGGCGGUGCUGAUUUACUCACAACCCACCAUCAAUAUGGACGUUACUUUGAGGAUAGGUGAUACUGUAACUAACGAUAUUAUCAGGCAGGGCACAGACACGUUCACUGUUGAAGUGUGCUUCUCCUACCAGGGACAGGAUCUCCCUAAUGAAGCCGUUGUGGAGUUUAUGAUAGAUAUUGAUACAAAUUCAACAGGGAAACGUCGCAGAGUGGUACUGGAAAGUGGGAAUUACAACGUCAGUGGAAGCAAAAUUGUACAAAAGGCAUUACGACAAACCUGUGUACUACCUCCUUAUACUGUCCUAGUACAGUCUCAUACAGACCUUUUUGUGCCCUUGGUAUUCUCCACUACCUACAAGAUCAGAAACGACACUGUCGGCAAUUGUUUAAACAACGUUUGUCCAAUGGUGAAUACAUUCAAUGGAGAACAGGCUAACCCAACCAUAACCGGACUCAACACGGAGUUGACGUUACAGAGACCAGGAUGUGGAGAAGACAAUAUCUGUCAGGUAGAUGUUGAUGUCAUUGCUAAAACGAAAUUUAUAAAUCCGGAUACAGAUCUCAUUGUCGGAGAAAAGGCCAAGUUUGAGUUGGAUGUUCAGAUGGUAAAUAAUGGCAUGGACUGGGCAUAUGCACCAUUUGCAGAAAUUGAGGUCCCGGAGUACAUCGACUUCGUCAAGUCGGAGCCAUCAGAUGUUGCAUGUUACAAAAAUUCAGCGACAUUGCUUGUGUGCCAGGUCGUCAAUCCUCUGAAAUCUAAUGACGGCAAACAUUUCAACGUGAAGUUUGAUGCCUCAAGAGCUCCAGUUAAGAACUUCGUCAUCAGUGUUAAUGGACAGACAAUCAGCUCCGAUACUAACCCCACAAACAACCGAAAAGACAUAACCGUCAGUGUUAGGUCAAAGGUCAAUAAGGAGUUUCGAGGGGAUUCGUUUCCAGAGAUUUAUGUUACCAAAGGUGAAACUGGUAUGAAGCCAGUCACUCACAAAUUUGACUUCGAAAACAAUGGACCCAGUGCUCUGACAUCAGAAACCAAAUUUGUUGCCAAAUUUCCUUUCCUCCGAAUUGACAGUCAAGACAUUUUCGUCCUUCAACAGUUCAUCGUGACCACUCAACUGGACAAGGUUGUGAAUGUGUCGAGUGCUAUAAAUACCUCAGUCCGGUGUUGGGUGAGUAGAGACAAUGUAAGGGCCUAUAUGGCAGUGACCAGUCAGGACAGAGAGGGAGUGGUCAGUCACAGGUUCAAUAUCCAGGACUCUUUCAACUUCGAGGUCAACUCAAUGAACAAGGACUGUCAGACUGAUGCCUGCGACUCCUUUACUUGUGGUGUGUCUCCAAUACUGGCUGGAUUUGCUGUCUCCAUGACGAUGAACUUUACCCUCAAUCCAAACACGUUGGCGAAAGUUCAGGCAAGUGUUGAAGAUGUGCUGAAAGAGGUGAAGAUCUCAUCUGAAGUGACUGUUGAUUACCCAAAUGACCUUGCUUUGAUAGAACAGGAGAAAGGGACCGACACACAACAGGCAACCAUAACUGUUCUGCCUAACAAACCAAUAGAGGAAGAGGUUGCAUGGUGGGUCAUCUUCCUCAGCAUCCUUGGUGCUGUCAUUCUCAUCAUCCUCAUCAUCUUAAGCUUAUGGAGGUGUGGAUUUUUCAAGAGGAAGCGCCCACAGAAGCCAGAGGCCGUUGGACUCAUGGAAAAAGAGUGUGAGCCAGUGCCUGUGGUAGAGGCAGAUUUAGCAGAGCCUGUCAAUAAGGAACCUCCAUUUGUUGAGGAGCCUGUCCAUGAAGAAAUUCCACUUGUUGAGGAGCCUGCUAAUGAAACAGUAUCCAGUGAAAGAGAGCCUCUUGCAGAAACGAUAGAUGAAACGAAAAAGCUUGUUGACAACAGUGGUCCAGACGAAGUAACGGGAGAUAGCAAUAAAGUGUGAAGAUCAAAGCAUCAAUAUUUAACAACUGCAGUUCUUACUUGGGUGAAUAUAGCAAAACAGGAUUAGUUAUUUAAGGCAGCAUGCCCCGAAAGGGUCUUCCCCUUCUGUGUUUGGUAAAAUGUACAGUGAUACUUUGGCAGUGCUGCCACCUACUGGAAAUCAGUGCAAACUAGGCCAACUUCAUAAGAACAGACAGUUGGUGUGAAUAAUAACAAACUGUAUGUGAUUGAAAGAUGGAAUGUUAUGCUGAGAACAACUUAUGUAGCUGUAGUUAUUAAUUUUAAUGUCAAUAGAUUUUAUGUAAAUAAUACAUGUUUCCUGUCAAAGCCUGUCCUAUCAUCAUAAAUGCAGUGAAUGUUUUGCAAAGGGAGGUGUUAAUUAUGCCAUGAAUAUAAAAAAUCAAUUUAAAUUAUGAAUUAGUAAUAAAUCUAUACAUGUGUAUAAAGCGCAAUCUUCGUGGAAGCCUUCACUAGAGCUAGAUAGACACUUCCUUAGACCACACUUACAUUCCAACGAAUGUGCACACUUUUUAUUAUAGCUUUGUAAAGGGAUCAUGAACAUUUCACGCUUCAUUGGUUUUUGUUAUAAAAUAGGGUGAGAUUUGAACACUAAGGGACGGUGAUGACCAGUAUACAGCUAACAUUUUCUGACCACCACCUCUCAAGGGACAAUCAACGUGUCAGUGUUACAUAUAUUGAAGAUUUUUUUUAUAUUCAUAUAUACAUGUAUAUGCAUGUUUGAUAAUAUUUAUACUUUUUAAUUGUAUUGUUGAAUGCUAUAUAUAUAUACUGUCUGCAUUGUAAGUAAUUUUAUCAACUAUAGGGGGCGCUCAAUGUAUGAUAUUGGAGAGUUCCAACCAUAUAUGAUCAUCUUUUUUGAGAAUGUAGACAACAAACUCAAGUCUUUUCACAGAAAGGACACAUAAAAAUCCUCAAGUCUUCGGUAGCUACUUACUAAAAUGUGCUCAUAUGUUUCCGUUUAGCUCAAUAAUGAAUAUGUAUCCUCUUCGCUCAUGUUAACUAGUUGCUAGGUUCAUUGACAUAGUACAAUUAGACUCUUACCCGUUUAAAUUAAAGCACACAGUAUUGUUUUGUUUGCUUUGAAUUUUAUAUUCCCUCUUAUAUAUUAGUGUAUUUCAUUCUAGACAUGUUUGUUAUAUAUGUAUGUUUCUGUGAGGGAGCAUUGAUGUUAUUUGGAAUGUAGUAUACACAGUGUAUUUAAUGUUACCAUAUAGCCAGUUAUUAUCAUGGUUCUGAACUGUCACAGAUUUAACUUAAAAAAUGUGGAAAUUAUUUAACACAGGAUAUGUUUUGCAAUUUGGAAAUGAUUACUGUUUAGGCUCCAUCUCCCACGGUUACGACUUAGUGUAGCCGGUCGUGGCUACGGGUUCUUGUCCAACAACAAUCAACACCUUCUUUCUUUCAAUAUAGUUUAUUCCCUGGUCGAAAGACCCUAAAACAGCAAUUAAUAACAAUAAAUGUUAACCUUUCCUACCCUAGACAUUUACAUAAUAGAACAGGCUAGCUUGUGCUAGCGUAACAAAUUAACACACUUGAUAACUUUACGCUUCGCUAUAUAAUUAUUACUAAAUUAAAAUACUGAACAACACAGUCGCAAUCAUCUGGGAUACAAUACACAUGUGCGUAACACUUGUGAUAAGUUAUACAAAACCUACAUCUGUAAAUACAACAGAUAUAUAUAUAUAUGAAUUACCAGCGACUGAUGUGAUUUACAAUUACACUUACAAAUCUAUCACAUCAGUUAUAUCAAAUAAACAGGAUCACAAAAUAUGACCUACCUCUUCAAAUGGAAGAGGGUCUUUGAUCCAAGGGAGACAACCUGUACAGCCUAUGUGGACUUCAGGGUUAUUCAAAAUACUACAAAUAAAGACAUUUAUAGUGGUUACUACAAACUGUUCGAUCAAAAUCAUCGUUAUCAACCUAUACAAAGACUUGGAACAAAAUGCCUGAAAAUUCAAUUAAUUUACUGAAUCUGUUUUACAUGUUACAAAUGUACAUUUCCAAUGUAUACGGUUUAUACAUAUAUAAAAACCAUAGAAAAUACAAUGUUCUCACAAUUAUUGUGGUCUGUAGCCAAAAACAUCAAAACAAUGUAAGUUUAGAAUUCCGUCCACUUAGGCUGAAAACUUGUACAGGUGUGAAUAACAUUUAACACAAUUAAUCGCGACUCGCUGCGCAGCCACGCACUGGCCACUACAAAGAGUUUUAAAAACACACUAACCCCUGACCCCAGUCAGACAGGUGUACAUAUAAACUAAAAAUAGAUCACUGUCAUAUAUAUAUAAAUAUGACAAGCGCUCCUAUACAAGUUGCACUUAUUAAGUUUUGAUAAAAACAACUAAAUAACAUGAACAAUACAUUGUCAAUAAUGACACUGUUACAUUAGAAUAACAAGAUGGCAGAAUUGCCGUUUAAAAUUACAGAAAUUCAACAAUGAAAGAGUAAUUAGAGUUCAUUUGACAGAUAUUAUUUAUUCGUGUCAUAUUCAUUAUUACAUUGAUCAUCAAAUUUUCACUAUUACGAAUAGGCUGCCGAAAUUAUCAACUUGGCAGAUAUCAUAAUGAUAUUUUUGUGUCAUAUUAUUACAUGGAUCAAAUUUUCAUUAUCACGUAUGUGAAUGAGCAGAAGUUUGCAAAAAUGUCAUCCAUGUGAUAAUAAUUGGCUAUGGGGUAUAUUAUAAUGUUUUUUGUCGUCCUUAUUAUGAUGUUAGCCAUGCUUAUUCGUACUGUUAUAUAGCAUCACAUGAAAACCCAUUUUUUAUAAAACAAAAUAAUCUAUUUCUAUAUAUAUUUGUCCCACUAUUUCUAUUGUAUAAUGCCUUUCAUUAUGUUGUUUUUAUCACAUUUAUACAUUGCUUUUCUAUGCAUAUUUCAUCCCAGUGUUCCGUAUCAUUACAUCUGUGCUAUUAUUUCCCGAGGAAUACUAGUACAAUGUGUAUCUUUUUAUUUCGUGUUUGGCAUAUAUAAUCCAAGGAAGUUUAUUGUGAUUCCAAAUUAAAUUUUGGUUUUACAAUUUGGUCUCUUUCAAGUCCAAACUCACAUAAACUUAAAAGGGACAUCCUGUGGUCAAAUGAUCUAUUUACUGCAGGGUGUGUGUAAUA